CACACACACACACACACACACACACACGCCCACACAUUAUCAGGAGUGUUCUCUCCCCUCUGCCCAGCUUGGGAUUUGCUGGUCAGUGACAUGCCUCCCUCCGCCUGGCUCUUUAUAGCCCCUGAGGAGGCAGGAAUACCGGACGAUUGAGAGACUGGCUCUCCGGGCGGACUGAGCCGGAGGCUGAUAACCCUCCGAGGCGGUGACUCGGUGACAAGGAGAACUGGGGGACGGAGCAGAAAACCGGCUGCAGAGCCUGAACCGCUGCUGUCUUACCUGUCCACAGCUCUGAUUGUCGGACCACUGAGUUGAGCCCUGUGGACUCUUCCUCCAGCUGAGGACAUGCGUCGUCUGCCCCUGGCCUCCGUCUUCGUGUUCCUCUGGCUGGCCGAGAGGAGCCACUGCACCGGCAGCUUUCAGGACAGCAUGCGGGAGCUCCACAACCGCUUCGCCGUCAGCCUCUACCAGACGCUCACCGAGACGGAGAACCGCUCCAACCUGAUCGCGUCCCCAGCGAGCGUGUCCCUGUCCCUGGCCCUGCUGCAGCUCGGCGCCAGGGGCAACACCCGGGCUCAGCUGGAGGGAACGCUGGGAUACAACGUGAACGAUGCUCAGGUGCGAGACUUCCUGUUGCGCGCCCAGGGCGACGUGAGCAACAGCAGCCAAGCGGUGUGGCUGCAGCAGACCUGCACGCUGUUCGUCCAGAGCGGAGUCCGACUCCUGGCCGAGUUCACGCAGCAGGCCGCCGCCUGGGUCGACACCAGCGUGGUGCGAGCCAACUUCAGCCAACCGGGUCACGCCCGCAGCCAUUCAGAGCCAACGGGACACGGCCACGACGGGUCGGGGUCUCUCCAGUCAGGAAGCAGCAGCGGGGAGCUGUCCGGCUCCGGCGAAGCCCAGGCAGAAGCCCUUUGGUGGGGACAACGGCCGCAGGUGGCUCUGGUCAACACGGUGGCGUUCAGGGGCGUCUGGCAGAAGCAGUUCAUGUUCGGCAGCACCCAGAACCUGCCCUUCAUCCUGUCUGACGGGAGCGCCAUCAAGGUGCCCAUGAUGUACCAGGCUGGAGAGGUCAGCUUUGGUCAGUUCAGGACAGCAUCGGACCAGCGCUACACUGUGCUGGAGCUGCCGUACCUGGGCCGCGCCCUGAGCCUGCUGGUGGUCCUGCCCAGCGAGAGGAAGAGCCCGCUGUCUUCCCUGGAGUCCCAGCUCACCGCCCGCCAGCUGGCCUCCUGGGAGUCCGGCCUGCGGCGGACCAAGAUGGACAUCUUCCUGCCCAGAUUCAGAAUGCAGAACAAGUUCAGCCUGAGGUCAGUGCUUCCUGCUCUGGGCGUCAGUGACGCCUUUAACCCGACGGCAGCCGACUUCACGGGGAUAUCAGUGGAAGAGGGUCUUUAUGUGUCCGACGCUGUCCAUGAAGUCAGAAUAGAAGUUACAGAGGAUGGGACGAAGGCAGCUGCCGCAACAGCUAUGGUGCUACUCAAACGGUCGCGCGCUCCUGUUUUCAAGGCGGACCGGCCAUUUUUAUUUCUGCUUCGCCAGGUGAACACAGGUUCCAUCCUGUUUAUGGGCAGAAUAAUGAACCCAGCAGACCAAGUAAUGUAACCCUCCUCUACGCCUCCACCCCCAAAUCGCACCAAUCUAUGCCAACCAGUUUCACCCUCGGUAUUUAUUUAUGGACCAAACGGAAGAUACAAGGACACUUCAGGAAGAGGGAUGUUAUUUUUGUAAAUACCUGUAAAUAAAAUUUUAAUAUGUUUUUA